AUGUUGGCUCCGCGCACGGCUUCGCUCACUCGGGCCUCGUUGAACCGCUCGGCCCUUCCAACUUUGUGUCGAGCUAUCAGCUCUUCAACUUCUGGUAAAAUCAUCCCAACUCUUGCAAGAAAUGAAAAGCUUUUCCAAAAGCCAAUGAGUGGAAUGAUCAUCUUGCCACAGCGCUACCUUCAAUUAUCUUCACAGAAAUUCGCCGAUGUCAUUGUUGUCGAAGGUCCCGCUUUUGCAGAAUCCAUUUCUGAGGGUGAUAUCAGAUGGAGUAAACAAGUUGGUGACUUUGUGAAAGAAGACGAGCUGGUGGCCGAGAUCGAAACAGAUAAGACUUCUGUUGAAGUUCCUGCCCCUCAGUCUGGAACAAUCGUUGAGCUGCUUGUUGCUGAUGGAUCUAAGGUGACCGCCAAGCAAAAGCUUUACAAGCUUCAACCAGGAGAGGGUGGCGGAGCUGCUGCGCCUCCAAAGGCUCAAGAAACCAAAGCUGCUGCACCACCAGCUGCUGAAGCACCAAAAGAAGAAAAGCCCAAGCCUGCUGCUGCUGCUCCAGCUUCAAAUAAAGGAGCUAUUCCAUCGUCACUUCCCAAAACCACACCUCCACCAGCAAAGCCGGUCUCCUCAACACCAGUCUCGUCGAUCCCAGUGCAACGCGUCAAAGUUCCUCAAGGCGUGGCACCUGAACAUGCCGUUACUGGUGCCAGAGAUGAGGUUCGAGUGAAAAUGAACCGAAUGCGACAACGAAUCAGCCAAAGGUUGAAGGAUGCUCAGAAUACAUACGCCAUGUUAACUACAUUUAACGAGAUUGACAUGAGCAAUGUUAUGGAAAUGCGGACGCGGUAUCAAAAGGAUUUCCAGAAGAAGCACAAUGCUAAGCUCGGAUUAAUGUCUCCAUUCUUGCGCGCUGCUGCCUAUGCUCUUCAGGAAAUGCCUGUUGUUAAUGCAGUUAUUGACCAAGAUGAGAUUGUUUACCGGCACUUUGUCGAUAUCUCCGUUGCAGUUGCUACUCCAAAGGGUCUUGUUGUGCCUGUCCUCAGAAAUGUUGAAGGCCUGGACUAUGCAGAAAUUGAGCUCGCACUUGCUGCUCUUGGUGAAAAGGCAAAAGACAACAAAUUGGCCGUAGAAGAUAUGGAGGGUGGAACAUUUACGAUUUCGAAUGGUGGAGUCUUUGGAUCCGUCUUCGGUACACCAAUUAUUAAUCCUCCACAAUCGGCUAUCCUUGGAAUGCACGGCAUCUUUGACAAACCAGUUGCCAUCAAUGGAAAAGUUGAAAUCCGCCCGAUAAUGAAAGUGGCCUUGACUUAUGAUCAUCGCCUUAUCGAUGGACGAGAGGGUGUCACUUUCUUAAGGAAGAUCAAGAGCGCUGUCGAGGACCCACGAACAAUUCUCAUGAAUCUC